AUGGAGUCGCCGCGCUGGGAAACACUGCCGGGAUCUUCAAGCAAGCCGGGCGCAGAUAGCCCGACAAAGACUACCCCGGGAAGGGCGCGUUUCCGGCGCGCACUGGCGGCGGAGCCUUCAGAGAAGUUCGUCGUGUCUGACAGUGAAGAGGAACGGCAGCGACGCGUGAAGGCGAGACGCGCCGUGCUCGCCAACGUUAACAUGAAUGAGCUCCCGGUGAUCGAGAUAUCCGACUCGGAAGACGAGGACGAGUCAAGCACGUCCGUUGUCGCACAAAAGGGUGACACCCAGGUCUCAGCGGGGAAUCCCGACGGCUGUGCUCAACAAACGCCACAGGCUACGCGCAUACGCCUUCUAACACUCCACGCGCGACGCGUAGUUGUCAGCUCUGAUUCUGAGGUUGAGAAUGGUGACGUCAAACAGGGUCGGCCACCCGCGACCACUCAGGCAGCGCCCCGGCGGAGGCUGCCACUGGACGACGAUGUCAUAGACCUGACGGAGACUCCGCCCGGGUCAGAUCACGAACAAGAGGAGCCUCGAGACCCUGGACCUGCCGAAGAAUUUGCGGAGGCGAAGGAGAACGUAUUGGAAAAGAAGGGCAAGGGCCGAGCGGGCUCUUCCACGACGUUCCUUGCAUCUGAAGAGGCUGAGAACAUGAUCCCCCUGUUCUUAGACGAUGACAGCGACGACGAGGCAGAGCAGGACAACGCCCCUGAUGACCCGUUUGCGCUCGACGACGGUUCCAUACUCGUUUUGAACGAGCCCCGCAGCGCCCGGAAGCCCAUCCGGCGCCGCCCGCCCCCCUCGUCUCGCGGGAACACCUCGAGUCCCUUCACGCCUCUCCGACAAUCGCAAACUCCGGAUGACAACAACGGCCAAGACGCGUCCUCCGAAGACCAACUUGACGAGGAUGUGUUCGAGCCUGUCAAGCCGAAGUCCCGCGCGACGCUCGUGCUGGAGUCGAACGCGCGCCCCGCACGCCCAAGCCCAGGGCCGAGCAAGCGCACCCCAGGCGCGGACAAGGCGCCGCGUAUGACGAAGAAACAGCAGCAGGAGGCAGAGCGAGAGCGUCUGCGAGCGUACGCGGCUGCCUUCUUCAAAGAGCUCAACGAAGGAGUCUUUGGCAGCGGCAUACCGGAGGCUACGGAACUGGUGUGGAGCAAGCGGCUUCUGACGACCGCUGGGCGUGCGCACUGGAAGAGGUGGGGUCGCUGUCCGUGGCUGCAUUGCGCGGAGUAUAUUCUGUGUGGCGACAUGGGAGUACCGGAGAGAGCGGAUUCGUAA